UUUUUAAUUGAUAGGUUAUAUAUAAUAUGGAUCCCUCUCAAUCUUUUGAGGAAAGCAAGAUUAUGGAGAAAUACUCCGGACUUGACGAGAGUCUAAGAUUCGUCCAAUCCUUAGUGUCUAAUUCAAAGCAGAAGGGGGAGGAAGAGCCUCUACAAGAAAGCUUUGACUCUCAGCAAUUCCAACAGACUUCUCAAAAUUACGAUCAAGAUAUGCAACCUGAGGCUAACGAAGCGAAUGAGCAAAUCAUGGAAGAUGUGGAAGAGCCAGAAAAUGCUGAUCUCUCUAUCCACUCCAUUCUUCACUCCGAAGAUGAUAAGUUAAACGUUGAAGCCAGACUUUACAAAAUCAACGAUGUUUAUAGACAAAGGAGGGAAGCCAAAUUACAAGCAGUAAAAGCUGAAGAAGAGCAGAAGAAGAAAUCUUCAAAGCCAAUGAUCAACAAGAAAUCUUUAAAAAUGACCAAGGGCCGUGAAGAACAAAGGAUCCCUGUGGAGGAAAGACUGCUAAAUUAUGCAAAGAAAAAGAAAGCUCUUGAACCUGAUGAGAAGAGUCACCCAGAUGUUUCCCAAGUUUCUCAGCAGAAAAAGAAAAAGGCUGUAAAUUAUGAAGUUGUCACUAGACUUCAUGACUAUGGAAGACUUUAUAAGGUCAAACAAGCUGAGAAAGAGGCUCAAUUUAAGAAAUCUCAGACCUUCAAGCCUAACAUCGAGAAGAGCAACACUCUUGCUCAUAUACAGUCUAAAUAUAAAAAUUCUUCAAAGCAGCCUGUUCAAAGAAAUGAUGAUAAUGAGUUGUUGAAGUACACUACUGAUAAUUCUGAAGAGGUUAAGCAUUCUUUCUCAAUGCAGGUGGAGUCUCAUCCGGAAGACAGACUAUAUUCUCCAAUGCCAAUAAAGGCUCCGUCAAAGAAAAUUCUAAAGAUUCAGGACGAGUAUGAUAGGAAUCAUCCGUUCCAUCCAAAAAUUGACGCGCUCUCUAGAGCAAUCGUUCAGCACAAGCGUGAAAUAAUUCCUGAGGAAGAUCAGUUCCAGAAGAGGAACAAGGGAUUUGAAGAGUACAACUUUACUCCUAAUCUUGACAAGAACUCGGAAGAGAUCAUACGUCUAAUGAGGGAAGGAGAUGAUUAUGACCAAGCUGAUCGCUGGAAGUCCCUCUACCAGAAAGGUGUCGCCAAGCAGGUUCGCAGGAAGGAAAUCGAAGAAAGAGCUAAAGAAGAAAAGGAAAUUGAGGAGCUGAGAAGCCAUCCCUUCACACCUGAGAUUCACUACUAUGAGAGCACCUUUGAAGGAGAGAGGCCAAGAGAGAAGAGAAUUCGAGAAUUAGCCUCAAUGAGAUACCAAGAAUACUUUGAUAAGAAAGAGAUUAAAGAGAUCGAAGAAUGCACCUUUAAGCCAAGACUCAUCGCUGAGGAGAAGCUUAGGGAAAAUAACAUGACAACUACUGAUCUUUCUCAACACCCAGAAAACUAUAUCAAUAGUCAAAGUUUAGAAAGUUACUACAAGAGAAUGCAAGAGGCUCAUUAUAGAAGGAAAGAGAUGGAGGAUUAUGAAGACAACUUCUGUGGUUCAGGUAAGAACUGGGAAAACAAGCUCACUUUGCCCACCAUCCCUGACUUCCAUGAGAAAUUUGCUGAUACAAAGAGACCUGAAUCUCUUGAGCAAGUUAGAUGCAUUACUAAGCCUGUUGUCAGAAAUGGAGAGGUAGUAAAAGACCCAUUUAUCCAGAUCAGUAGGCAUGACACUUACAAGAAAUCUAGUCUUACAUCCAAGCUAAGGGAGGAGCAAGAAGCUGGAUUUAAUGAUAUCAGGAACAAAAAUGAGAGAAUUAGGGAGCCCCUCUUCGAAGAAAAUGUAGAUUUUGAGGAUUGAGUAGACUUUUUGCAUGGCCAAAUAGGCGAAUUAGAAAUAUAA